UUCGUGGCGCUGCUGAGGAGCUUUCACGCGGCGCACAACCUCAUCCUGCAGGAGGGCGGUCAGCUCACCACCCUCACCGCUGCCAUCGUCGCCCCCGUCAGCAAGAGCGGGCGGUACGUGGUGUGCGUGUGCAACGUGGGCGACUCCCUGGCGUACGUUUACUCCCAGCAGCACGGAGUCAGGGAGAUCACGCAAGCGUCGCACGACAUCCACAGCAUGCGGGACAUGCGGGACGCCCUGGGGGCCCUGGGGCCAGUGGACGGACUCAACCCUGAACUCAACAACCUGACGUGCUCCAUGACCUUUGUGGAGGAGGGUGACCUGGUCUUCCUCACAUCCGACGGCAUUUCGGAUAAUUUUGACCCGGUCGUCGGCAAGUUUGUCCUGCCAAAGAAAGAGGAAAGCGGGGAAAAGAGAGAGAAGACAGAGAGCGAGUGCAUGCAAGAGGAGAAGAAAAAACGCCAAAAGCAGAAAAUGAACUUGCAAGCACAAGAGCAACAGCAAAAAACUAAUUUUUCGUUAACUAGCAAAAGCAAGAGCAAGCAGUCGAGAAGACAGAUGCAGUUACUGCAGAAAUAUGAGCAGAUCUGCCAGCAAAAUCCUAGAAAACAAUCACGGGGACAGAGGAUAAGACAUCAGCAGCUACUCUCCGUUACCAAUGGAUUUAAGCAGGUUGUGAGUCGCAGCAAGUCUCAGCCGUCGGUGCUGGGGGCGAGCGCUGGGCCGCCCUGUGGCUCCGCCGCACCAAAGCAAGCCUCGACCCUGGGUUCGGCUGGUCUCAGUGGCAACCUCAGCCUUACCGAAAAUAAGAAUUCUUCCUCUGGAGACACAAAUAAAAACUUAGCAGGCAACAGAAGCUACUUGCAGGAUUCAGAGGACCUCGUACCUCCUGAAGUUGAGGCUCAUCAGCGUCACGAGCUCACGCUGCUUAGGAUGGAAGAUCUUCUCCGUCGCGGCAUCACAACCAAUAAGCCUGUUGUCAACGCACAGACACUGUGUUUGGAGAUGGUACACUUCGCGACCAAGUUGACGUUAGCAAAGCGACGUGUGUUGGAAGAUCCUGAUCUGUAUCCGCCUCCGAAGAUCACACCCUCCACCGAUGGAGUCUCGGCGGCGGGCACUGAGCAGAAGCCGGGCACCUCGCAACUUUCCAGGGGCGAACAACGCAAUCGUAGACGAAAAGUUUGCGAGAAGCUGGCGCUGGUGCCUGGCAAGCUGGACCACGCGACGGUGGUUGCCUACAACGUCGGGCUGUUCGACACGAGCUCGCCUCCUGACCUUGACGACCAGCGCAUUGUCCUGCCACUCGACGCCAUGACCCACCUGAACCGUGGCCACCACACCCGCACCCGCCCUGCUGCGGUGAGGCAGUCAGGCCGGAGUUCUCCUCUGUCACACCUUGCAGCCUCCGCGCCCCUGGCGAGCCCCGACUCGGCUCGCAGCAUCGCUCCGCAGACGACCGAGGUGCUCGGGAAGACUACAAGCUUCCAUUAUGUAGACCCGCCUCUAGAGUCCCCGCAGCCUAACGCAAGAGUCACUCUAGCAAUAGGAGAAUCUUUAGAAGCUCUUCGUGACCUUGAAUGUGAGGAUGAAACUCAUCGUGAGACUGAGACGACAGGGCUGACUUUGGGCGAUGAAACGGGAGGUUGGAAAUCUAAAGAGGAUUUGGGUUGUGAAAAGUUCAACAACGAUCGAUGUAAAUCUUAUAAAGAAUUGAAGGAAGUGGUUGGGGUCAACACAAUCAAGCCUAGGCAAGAACUUGAUGUCAGAAACACGAGCAAGAAUAAAACAAGUCGGCUUUCAACAAAUCUUGAUGAUGUAGAUUUCCAUUCCUUGUCUAUGCAGACACGUGAGAUAAAUUCCAAUAAAGCACCUGGUAGAGAUUCUAGUUCCCAAAUAUGUCCAGCUUUAUCUUCCGAGCUUCAGUGCACUCCCAGUCAAGAAGACUGCGAAGAAGUGUUUGUCUUGGAAUUAGAUGAUGAGGAAAAGUGCACACCAGGAGUUGUGCCCAUGAAGUGUUCGCCUUUCAUUGGAACGGAUUUAUCCAAUAAAGAAAAUUUAAGCCCCAGUGGGGCAUCUUUCGAGCUUCCCGUGAAGCCCGUCAUUGAGACGCUGCUAUGAUCCUCAUCUUGCAUCUGCUACAAACGUCGACCCAGAUGAGAGCAAUGCUGCUAUUCUAUGUAGCUUGCAACGCAGAUGACGCUAUAUCUACGGGGCCCAGUGGUUACAGUCCAGAGUAAUUGGAUUGGAGUAAUGAGCUAUGGGUUCGAUGCCAACUACCUGCGACAGUUCUGGUCAAAUCGGCGAGGUGAUCGGGCGGUUAAGCAACG